AUGGCGUCCCCGUUCGGCGACGCGGGCGCGGCGAAAACGAGCGUCGAUCCGUUCGCGUCGUCGGCGUCGCGGUCGCGGACGUCCGAGGCGACGACGACGCGCGCGAAAAAUGCCGUCGACGCGACGCCGCGGGCGCGCGCGCCCGCGUACAGAGCGUGGGACGACGUCGAGGUGUUUGAAGUGCCGGAGACGCUGCGGCGAGACGGCGCGGCGCGAAACGAACGCUUCGUCGAACACGUCUCGCUCGAGGGAUUGUUCGGCGCGACGUUCGCCGACGCGUUUCACGACGACGCAUCGUUUCGCACGGACGUGCGACGCGCGAUGCGGAAGGAUUUGUUCGUGCCGGAUGAAAAUUUAAGCGCCGAGGCGAACGCGGCGAUGUCGGCGCUCUCGAGCUCGGUGCACGUCAACUGGUUUGAAUCCCGCACGGGGUACGCGGCGCUGAGCGCGCUGUUCGCGUCGCGCGGAAUCGAAGACGUCACCGGUGAGCGCUUCAUUCGCGCGCUCGGUGGGUUGUGCGGCGAGCCUCGUCACGGCACGCUCAUCGACAUCGCGAGCCCCGUCGGCGCGCGAAAGAUUUCUCACUCCUGGCACCAAGACUCUGGAUACGACCGCCUCACCGUCAUGCUCGGUUUCCCCGCCGCCGCGCCGAGCGAAUCCAUGGGUUUACCCUCCGGCGUCGGCGUCUUCUCGCACGCCGUGAAGCUCUCGCACGCGUUGCGUCGUCCCUCCCCUCCCGGCGCCGUGCUUCAGUGGGAAGACGUCGCCUCCGCGCGCGACGUCCGUCUCGACGCCCGUUUCGUCGCCCGUCCCGCGUUCGCGCGCCAUCGCGAGAUCAUCGUCUAUCGCGAUUCAUCCAUCCUGCACUCCGCGCCCGACGUCGCGCAUCGCGAGGCCGUGUGGCGUUUCAUGUAA